GGUUCUGGUGACGUCACCCUGCGGCUCACUGUUGUUCUAAACGAGAUGCUUGGAACACAGACAGCAGCAGAGUUCUAUAGGUAAAGUCUUGGAACAGAAAGAAGCAUCAACCAGGAAGUCAUAGAUAAACAUAGCAAAGGCAAAGAAAGCUGGAGGAUGCUGACUGGGGCCCCAUACAUACAAUAAAAGAGGAAGGAGGAGGUCAUGUGGCUCAGCACUGUCUAGCUCUGGGAUAUUAUUUGUUUUCUCCUUGUUGUACAUCAUUUGCAGACAAAAGAGAUUUUUGUCUAAUCAGCAAAGUCACUGCUGCCCUAUGAGAAAGAUAUUUGAGCUGAGGUUUGUGGGGAGAGGUUGACCUACACAGUUACCUAUAUUAUUAGUGCUAUUCUGUGAGUGUUUAUAUUUUGAUGAUGCAGGGUUUGUGAUUUUUGUUGUUAGUGCAUUCAGUAGAUUUAUGUUCGCAGGCUGAGUAACUUACUUUGCACUCCAUCUAUCUGCAGUAAUCACUGUAGGUCAAGUCUCUGUCUGUAGAUUGCAUUCUCAUUGUGUCUGGAAGAUUGGAUGUCUUUGUUAUGACAAUCUGAGUCUGGGGUCACUUUGCCUUUAAACUCCCUCUGGGCUUUUCAUUUAGACAGUAAUCCAUAUAAAUGCAUUUAUACAGAAUAGCCUUUUGUCACAAUUGUGUAUAAUUACUUUGGCAUGUAGUUAGUUGGUAAUGCUUUGUACGUAGGUACUGGGUAUUUAUUAUUCCUGAUAAUCAGCCAUAACUGUUUAUACAUUGCUUUGUAAUUAGUUUCUAUUUUGGAGAAUUUCCAUCUUCCUGUAGGUCCCAUCGUUUAAGGCUUAUUCUGCCUACCCAGAUAUGCUAUAGGAGACCCAUGGUCUUUACUCUUCUUCUCUCAGUCUACAAGCUUUGCAGGGUGAUUACCAUGUUUAGCAACGACCGUCUUCUAGUACCAGGGUAUGUCAACAAUAUGUGCUGGUGGCAGACCUCAGGAGGUACAAGCAGAGGUCAAGAUGUGUCACCAGGAGCUCCGGGGGAUGUGCAGGUGGCUUUGGAUAAAGUCCUUCCUGACAUGCAUGUUGCCAUUUCCAACCUGAAGCAGGCCUUGUGUGCACAAAGCAUGUGCAGGACCAUCACAGAAAUACUUCAGAUGGUUGAAGAGGCAUGGACUAUGCCAACGGUGGGCCGAGACGUUGCCCAGGGGUUGUGUGAAACCAUAAGGCUAGAAGGUGCAUUGGACCUACUUCUCAACUUGCUUCAAACAGCUGACAUAGAGGUGAAGUACAAGGCUUGCCAACUCCUGGAACAGAUCCUGGUGACAGAUAACAGGGAUCGUAUCGCACGUAUUGGUCUGGGGGUCAUUUUGAAUAUUACUAAAGACAGAGAUGAUCCAAAACUUGCACGCAGCCUGUCUGGUAUCCUGGAACAUAUGUUUAAACACACAGAGGAGACCUGUAAGCAACUCAUCUGUGAAGGAGGCCUGGAUUCCAUUCUCUUUUGGUGCCGUUGGACAGACCCUGUGGUUCUGCGUCACUGUGCUGUGGCCCUUGCGAAUUGCGCCAUGUACAGUGGCCCUUCCAACCAGCGGCUGAUGAUUGAGAAGAGAGCAGCUGAGUGGCUUUUCCCCCUGGUCUUCUCCAAGGAGGAUGAUCAGAUACGGUUUCACGCAUGCCUUGCCAUCACCGUGUUAGCCACCAACAAAGAAAUCGAGAAAGAAGUGGAGAGAUCAGGAACUCUGGCAUUAGUUGAACCUUUCAUCUCUUCUCUGGACCCUCAGGAAUUUGCUCGAUCUCUUUUAGACAACGGUGACCACACACAGGGCAGAAACACUGGUGAUCUACAGCGUCUAGUGCCAUUAUUGGACAGCUCCCGCCUAGAGGCCCAGUGCAUUGCUGUUUUCUAUUUAUGCGUAGAGGCUGCUAUCAAAUCCCAGCAGAAGAAUACAAAGGUACUUACUGAAAUUGGAGCAACGCAUAGUCUGAAGAGGAUAGUGUUUUACUCUGUAGAUGGCACAGUUUCUUCUUUGGCUAAAAAGGCUCUUCGUAUGAUGGGAGAGGAGGUCCCAUCCCGAAUUGUGCGCUCUGUUCCCAAUUGGAAACCCUUGGAAGUUCAACACUGGCUGAAGCAAAUCGGUUUUAUCAAAUACUCCCAGAGCUUUUUGGAGCACCAGAUUGAUGGAGAUCUCCUUCUAAGGCUGUCAGAGUUAGAUUUGAGGGAUGACUUGGGAAUGAUCUCCAGUAUCACUCGCAAGAGAUUUUUGCGGGAACUAGUCGAGUUGAAGACAUUUGCCAAUUAUUCCACUUGUGACCGUAGUAAUCUUGCUGACUGGUUAGGCAGUGUUGAACCAAGAUUCAGACAGUACACUUACAAUCUGGUUACUUGUGGCAUUGACCGUAACUUCCUGCACCAUGUAACCGAACAGCAGCUAGAGAAGGACUGUCAUAUUAAGAUAGGGUUCCAUCGAGUACGCAUCUUAUCAGCUGCAAGAGAGAUGUUGCACUCUCCUCUGCCAUGCAGUGUAGGCAAAUCCAGUGCUGAUGGUCCAGAUGUGUUUAUCAGCUAUCGCCGGAACACAGGAUCACAGCUGGCCAGCCUCCUUAAAGUCCACCUAUACCUACAUGGCUUCAGUGCAUUCAUUGACGUGGAGAAGUUAGAGGCAGGGAGAUUUGAGGAAAAAUUAAUUCAAAGCGUGAUCAGCGCUAGGAACUUCAUCUUAGUCCUGUCUGCCGGAUCGUUGGACAAAUGCAUGGGGGACAACGACUGCAAGGAUUGGGUGCAUAAGGAAAUUGUCACAGCACUAAAUUGCAGUAAAAACAUUGUGCCCGUCACUGAUCACUUUGAAUGGCCAGAUCCAAUGAGCCUUCCAGAAGACAUGAGAUCGGUGUUGAAAUUCAAUGGCAUCAAGUGGUCUCAUGAGUACCAAGAUGCCACUAUUGAGAAGAUCAUCCGCUUCUUGCAAGGCCGUUCAUCUCGAGAUUCAUCUGUUGGCUCUGAGAACAGCUUGGAUGGUACCCCACCUCUUGGGCAAACAUAAAGAAGAUUCCUUGAUAUAACCUUCUAACAGUAAACUGUGCAGGACCUGUACCUGUAUCUCCUAAUCUUUGGAUAGAA